GAUCGAGUUGCAUUGCAAAAACAAUACAUGGACGUGUUUAGAUGCAUCCACGUUCUAAUAGCCUUAGCCUUGCUUUUGUUCACCCCAAUCAUCUCCAAUGAGGCCUCAGCCAAUGCCAAUAGCACAGGUGGUUGUAUUCCAAGUGAGAGAUCUGCACUUAUCAGCUUCAAAUCAGGAUUAUUAGACCCUGGAAACCUCCUUUCGUCAUGGGAGGGUGACGAUUGUUGUCAAUGGAAUGGCGUGUGGUGCAACAACGAGACCGGGCAUAUUGUUGAGCUAAAUCUCCCAGGAGGUAGCUGCAACAUCUUGCCCCCAUGGGUUCCGCUGGAACCAGGACUCGGAGGCAGCAUAGGCCCCUCGUUGCUUGGCUUAAAGCAACUGGAGCAUCUCGACCUCAGCUGCAACAAUUUCAGUGGGACGCUACCGGAGUUCUUGGGUUCUCUCCACAACCUGAGAUCUCUCGACCUAUCCUGGUCGACAUUCGUUGGGACAGUGCCACCGCAGCUGGGUAAUCUCUCCAACUUGCGCUACUUCAGUCUUGGUUCUAAUGAUAAUUCUAGCUUAUAUUCAACGGAUGUAUCCUGGUUGUCACGGUUAUCUUCUCUCGAGCAUCUAGACAUGAGCCUUGUGAAUCUCAGUGCGGUUGUGGACUGGGUUUCGGUGGUGAACAAGCUUCCAUCUCUUAGAUUUCUCCGUUUGUUUGGAUGCCAGCUUAGCAGCACGGUCGAUUCUGUUCCGAACAACAACCUAACAUCUCUUGAAACUCUGGACCUUUCACUUAAUAAUUUCAACAAGAGGAUUGCACCCAAUUGGUUUUGGGAUUUAACUAGUCUUAAACUUCUAGAUAUCUCAGAUAGCGGUUUCUAUGGACCAUUUCCAAACGAGAUAGGCAAUAUGACCUCUAUUGUGGAUAUUGAUUUAUCAGGCAAUAAUCUUGUGGGAAUGAUACCAUUUAACCUGAAGAACCUAUGUAACUUGGAGAAAUUUAAUGUUGCUGGAACCAACAUCAAUGGGAAUAUAACGGAAAUAUUCAAUAGAUUGCCUAGAUGCUCAUGGAAUAAGUUACAAGUGUUGUUUCUACCGGACUGCAACUUGACUGGAAGCCUACCAACAACACUAGAACCCUUGAGCAAUUUGAGCAUGCUUGAGCUUGGUAAUAACAAUAUCACAGGUCCCAUCCCACUUUGGAUAGGAGAGCUCAGUAAUCUAACAAUGUUGGGCCUCAGCUCCAACAAUCUAGAUGGGGUCAUACAUGAAGGCCAUUUAUCAGGCCUAGAAAGUCUAGAUUUGUUGAUCUUGUCUGAUAAUAACCACAUAGCCAUCAAGGUGAAUUCUACCUGGGUUCCUCCUUUCAAGCAAAUAACAGAUAUUGAACUUCGGUCCUGUCAGUUAGGGCCUAAAUUCCCAACAUGGCUCAGGUAUCUAACAGAUGUAUACAAUCUUGAUAUCUCAAACACAAGCAUAUCAGACAAGGUUCCUGACUGGUUUUGGAAAGCAGCGUCAUCAGUAACACAUUUAAAUAUGAGAAACAAUCAGAUUGCAGGUGCCCUUCCAUCUACAUUGGAAUACAUGAGAACGAUCGUAAUGGAUCUCAGUUCUAAUAAGUUUAGUGGUCCAAUACCCAAGCUUCCUGUCAGUCUAACCAGCUUAGACUUCUCAAAGAACAAUUUAUCCGGGCCUCUACCAUCAGACAUAGGAGCGUCAGCUCUAGUAUCACUUGUUCUGUAUGGCAACUCCCUUUCUGGUUCAAUUCCAUCUUAUUUGUGCAAGAUGCAGUCUCUGGAACUGUUGGAUAUAUCAAGAAACAAGAUAACUGGGCCAAUUUCUGAUUGUGCAAUCGAUUCAAGCUCAGCAAACUACACAUGUACGAAUAUUAUCAAUAUAAGCUUAAGAAAAAAUAACCUCUCAGGACAAUUUCCUUCGUUCUUUAAGAACUGCAAAAACCUUGUUUUUCUGGAUCUUGCUGAAAAUCAAUUCUCUGGGACACUGCCUGCAUGGAUUGGGGAAAAAUUACCUUCUUUGGUAUUCUUACGGCUGCGUUCUAAUAGCUUUAGUGGUCAUAUUCCAAUUGAACUUACCAGUCUGGCGGGUCUUCAAUAUUUAGACCUUGCACAUAACAACUUUUCAGGAUGCAUACCGAAUUCUUUGGCGAAAUUUCAUAGGAUGACACUCGAACAAGAUAAAGAAGACAGAUUUUCAGGGGCUAUUAGACAUGGAAUUGGGAUCAAUGAUAAUGACAUGGUUAAUUAUAUUGAGAACAUAUCUGUAGUCACAAAAGGUCAAGAACGCCUAUAUACAGGUGAAAUCGUAUACAUGGUGAACAUUGAUUUAUCUAGUAACAAUCUUACUGGAGAGAUUCCUGAAGAGAUUAUCAGUCUUGUUGCGUUGACAAACCUGAACUUAUCAUGGAAUAGCUUAAGUGGACAAAUUCCUGAGAAGAUUGGUUCCUUGUCACAAUUGGAGUCCCUUGAUUUGUCACACAAUGUGCUUUCUGGUGGGAUUCCCAGCAGUAUAGCAUCUCUUACCUACUUGAGCCACAUGAAUUUGUCGUACAACAAUCUUUCUGGAAGAAUUCCAGCAGGAAAUCAACUCGACAUUCUUGAAGACCCUGCAUCUAUGUAUGUUGGAAACAUCGAUCUCUGUGGGCAUCCUCUACCAAAUAACUGCUCUAUCAAUGGUGAUACUAAAAUUGAACGAGAUGACUUGGUCAACAUGUCAUUUCACUUCAGCAUGAUCAUCGGUUUCAUGGUUGGCCUCUUGCUAGUAUUCUAUUUUAUGCUCUUCAGCAGAAGAUGGAGAAAUACUUGCUUUGUGUUUGUCGAUGGCUUGUAUGACAGAACGUAUGUUCAAGUGGCCGUAACCUGCAGGAGGUUAUGGAGGAGAAACUGAGGACAAAUGGUAUGUCUUGGUAAAAAAUAAUUAGAAAAAUAGUCAUGCAUAGAACGGGUAGAUGUGAAAAAUUGAAACGUAGUUUCUAUAGCAAAUGCUGGCUAUAUAAAAAAAUUCCCAAGCUUUUUUUCUCAUCCACCACUGGGCAUGGGGAAAAAAUGUUUGUAUUUUCCUGGAGAUUUAAUUCUUGAACAUAGUACAUGCUUUUAGUGGUAAAGCACGUACCCGCACUACAUGAUGUUAUGUCUCUACUAUCUCAUUUGAAUGUGUAAAGGAUACAUAUCUAAUUGGGCACGUGCCUGCACUACAUGAUGUUAUGUCUCUACAAUCUCAUUUGAAUGUGUAAAGGAUACAUAUCUAAUUGGUUGUUUUGUGUGAGUUUGAGUGUGGUGUGUAUGCAUGAGUGACUUUGUGUGUUCAACUUGUACUUGAAAAAAAAAAUGUAAACUUACUGUGAUAUGUUUGCGAUGUUCAUUUGC